AUGUCUCUGUUGAGAUUAAGGUACGCUCUCUCUCUUCAGUCUUCCAACUUGUUUGUUAUUCGAUUCUUCUCUCACAGUCACAACCCUGUUGCUGUUGAUGAUGCUGUUUUCUCAUUCAAUCGCAUGCUCAAUACAAACCCUACCCCUCCCAUCUUUGAAUUCGGUAAGAUACUAUCUUCCCUUGUUAAGAUCCAACAUUUUCAAACUGCUAUUUCCCUUUCUCAACAAAUGCAACUUCGACGAAUUCGAACCGACAUUGUUAAUUUGAACAUCUUGAUUAACUGUUUCUGUCACCUUCAUCAACUCAAUUUUGCAUUUUCUGUAUUCGCCAACAUUCUCAAGCUAGGUUUUCACCCUGAUACCAUAACAAUUACUACACUCAUCAGAGGUCUCUGUGACAGUGGCAAGCUUCACAAAGCCCUUCACUUUCACGAUGACGUUAUAGCUAAUGGGUUUCAACUUAAUCAUGUUAGUUAUGGAACCUUGAUCAGUGGUUUAUGUAAAAUAGGAGAAACAAAAGCUGCUAUGCAGGUUCUUAACAAGAUUGAAGGGUCGUUGGUUAAGCCGGACGUGGUAAUGUACAACACAAUCAUUGAUAGUUUGGGAAAGGAUAAACUUGUGAAUGAUGCCUUUAAUUUAUAUUCUGAAAUGAUUGUCAAAGGAAUUUCUCCUGAUGUUAUUACUUAUACUACUUUAGUAAACAGCCUUUGCAUUGUCGGUCACUUGAAAGAAGCAAUUGCUUUGUUAAAUGAAAUGUUGAAAAGUAUCAUCCCGAAUGUUUGUAUUUUUAGCACACUCAUUGAUGGUUUAUGUAAGGAAUGA